GCGGUAGCGCGCUCGCUUGGCAUGCGUGCGGCCCGGGUUCGAUCCUCAGCACCACAUGCAGACAAAGAUGUUGUGUCUGCCAAAUACUAAAAAAUAAAUAUUAAAUGAAAAAAAAAAAAAAAGAAAGUCUUUGAUUCUAUAUAGCCCAGUAUGCAACUAGCCAUUUUCAAAAAAAAAAAUAAUAAAUAAAUAAAUAAAUUAUAGUGACUUGAAAAGAAUGAAAAGCUACAAAAUGAUCCAGUAGUAACUGCCUUCCACAUUUACAAAGUAAACUACUCACUUUUAAAGAAAGCCCUUUCUAAAUCCUAUCUUCUCAAAUUUCCAGUUUUCUCACAUCAUGUGAGAAAUAACUGCCAUUCAUUUCAAGGAAUUGUUGGAAAUGUUCUCCAUCUACACUGUCCAAGAGAGUAGCCAUGAGCUCCAUGUGACAAUUUAAAUUUAAUUAAAAUUAAAAUAUAAGAUUUAGUUCCUUUGCAACACAACCCACAUUUAUGUAUGUGUUUAUGCACUGGGAUUCAACCCAGGGCUUUUUACUACUCAGCCACAUUCCCAGUAUUUUUUGUUUAUUUUGAGACAGACUCUCACUAAGUUGCUGAGGUGGGCUUAGAAUUUAUAGUCCUCCUGCCUCAACCUGGAGAAUGACCAGGGUUACAGUCCCUAAUGUAUGCCACCACACCUGGCCACUACCCAUAUUUGAAGUGAAGGGUGGCUACCACAUUGGACAAGGCAAAUAUAAAAUAUUUCCAUCACUGCAGAAAAUUAUAUCCAAGAGUGCUGCGACUAGCCAAAGAUGAAAGGAAGCGAUAGAAUAAACUGAAAACACAGGCUAGUGCCUGAUUUUGAGUGAGAAGGAUCUGACCUUUGGAACAGUGACAUCACAAAGCACAGCUCACAAUGACUCCAGAACAUUUGGGCUCCCAGAUCACUCUCCCUAACUCAGUCUAAAUUCCUGAAGCCUCUGCACAUGUAGUUCCUGAAGCUGUAUUAAAAUGACACCAUCUUCACCUUCAUCUUCUACUUGGGACAACCUCUUAGAUUCUCUCUCUCUCGGCACAAUAUGGAAUUGGCUACAAGCAACUUUUCUGGGAGAGACCAAUGUGCCUCAGCAAACAAAUUUGGGGCUACUAGAAAAUCUUGCUCCGGCUGUGCAAAUCGCCCUGAGGAUUUGCUUUUUAAUUUUGUUGGCAGUAGGAUUAAUUGUCUUAUGGAAACGAAGUGUUCGGUCAAUUCAGAAAAUAUUGCUGUUUAUAAUCACACUCUACCAACUUUACAAGAAGGGCUCAGAUUUUUUUCAGGCUUUGCUAGCCAACCCAGAAGGGAAUGGUCAGAAUCAAAACAGUAGUAAUUUCUUCCUGUCCUUGGGUCUGCAAGAAAAAAUUCUGAAAAAACUUCAGAUGGUGGAAAACAAAGUGAAGGACCUGGAAGGGAUGAUCCUUGCCCAAAAACCUGCCACGAGGAGGGAUUGCUCCUCUGAGCCCUACUGCAGCUGCUCUGACUGCCAGAGUCCCUUGCCCACAUCAGGGUUUACCUCCACAUCUGAAAUGUGAUGAACUCCAGUUUUUUUUCCAGAAAAACACUGUUUCCCUCAUGUGUGCAGUGGUGUUAUUAAUAAAGAUAGAGAACUAUA